AUGAGCGGUUCAAAGUCAAUUCAAAAUACCCUUAAGUAUGAUAAAAAGUCAUAUUAUCCAAGUAUAUCAGAACUUGAAAAAGUUUGUUUUAUAAUAGACAAAUAUGAAGGUGAAGGCACAGUUAUAUCAAAACAAUAUGGUAUCAAAAAUGCUCAAAAUCCAAAAGAACAAGCUGUACUCCUUGGUAUUGUAUCUGCAAUUAUGCCAGCUCUUUUAACUAAAUAUCCAGAUUUACUAGUAGUAGAUUCUACUGGUUAUCGCAACAGCUUAAACUUCCCAAAUACAGCCUUUAUAGUUAAAUUAAAUGAACCCCAUGGUCGAGUUGUAGCAACAUUUGUAAAUAAUAAAGAAACAAUACCAGUUAUUGAUCUUAUGUUCAAAUCAAAGCUUCAGAUUGCUACCAGAAUUGCAAACUCAGCAGUUGCAGAAACUAUUGCAUCUUACUUUCAAAAGUAUUGGUUCGGCGGUUGGGUUGGUACAUCAAUUUGUGCGGAUAGUGGAGUGAUUGAAAG